AUGAUAAUUUUAGUUUUAGGAUGCUUAUUAUUAGUAAAUGCAUUACCAGGUGAUUCUUGUUAGACAACAGCAAAAGGAAUAUUUGCAAAAAGAUAAACUGAAUUUGAAGAAUAAUUGAAUAGAUUAAGAAAUGAAGUAGCAUAAGGAAGAAGAAAGAAUCAUGUUGGUGAAUUUGAUUAUGCAGCAAAUAUGAAUGUUGUUGAAUGGUAAUAAGGAAUUGCAAAUGCAGCACAAACAUGUUCAGAAAGAUGUCCAGAUUCUCUUGAAACUUGCAAAUAAGUAGAUUAAGAAUAUAUAUAACAAUUAGUUAACAACUCGUUAUGGAGCUUUACAUAAAUUCAGAACAGUACAUUCUGUUAGUUAGGAAUGGGAACCAAGAGAGAUUUAUCAAAAGUGGAUGGAUGAUAAUAAAGGUGAGUAAUUAGUGAUUGCAAGAAUGAAAUAUUUUGGAUGUGGACGUUCAUUGAAAAAGAAUAUUGAUAAAUUUAUAGAAUAUGUUGUUUGUUUCUUUGAUGAGGUACUAAAUUUCAAAGAUAACAAAGGCUCCUCGUAAGGGUAUUGUUCCUUAUGUCUCUGCAACUUAAAAAACAAUAGGAUCAGCAUGUGAUAAAGGAAGAUCAAGUACUUAUUCAGGAUUAUGUAAAACAACAAUAUAUCAAUAAAAAAUAUUUGAUGGAAUAAGGUUUAGUAAAUAUACUCUGGUUGAAAGUAAGUGA